AGACGUAGUAAAAACAGCACAAAUUGAAGUGAUACCAUGCAAAAUCUGUGGUGAUAAAUCCUCUGGAAUACACUAUGGAGUCAUCACAUGUGAAGGCUGCAAGGGAUUCUUUAGGAGAAGUCAACAGAACAAUGCGUCCUACUCCUGUCCAAGACAGAGAAACUGUUUAAUUGACAGAACCAACAGAAAUCGUUGCCAACACUGCCGACUGCAGAAAUGCCUUGCCCUGGGAAUGUCUCGAGAUGCUGUGAAAUUUGGAAGAAUGUCCAAAAAGCAGAGGGAUAGCUUGUACGCUGAAGUGCAGAAGCACCAGCAGCGACUACAGGAACAGCGGCAGCAGCAAAGUGGUGAGGCAGAAGCCCUCGCCAGGGUUUACAGCAAUGGCAUCAGCAAUGGCUUGAACAACCUGAAUAACGAAACUGGCAGCACCUACUCAAAUGGGCACGUCAUCGAUCUGCCGAAGUCUGAGGGCUAUUAUAACGUGGAUUCUGCCCAGCCCUCCCCAGACCAGUCUGGAUUAGACAUGACUGGAAUCAAACAGAUAAAGCAGGAACCUCUCUAUGACCUCACCUCUGUACCAAACUUGUUUACCUACAGCUCUUUCAACAACGGGCAAUUAGCACCAGGGAUAUCCAUGAGUGAAAUAGAUCGAAUUGCACAGAAUAUCAUUAAAUCUCAUUUGGAGACAUGUCAAUAUACAAUGGAAGAAUUACAUCAGCUAGCAUGGCAGACCCACACAUAUGAAGAAAUUAAGGUUUACCAGAGCAAGACCAGAGAAGCUCUGUGGCAGCAGUGUGCUAUUCAGAUCACCCAUGCUAUCCAGUAUGUGGUGGAGUUCGCAAAGCGCAUAACAGGUUUCAUGGAGCUCUGCCAGAAUGACCAAAUUCUCCUCCUUAAGUCAGGCUGCUUGGAAGUGGUUUUGGUGAGAAUGUGCCGUGCCUUCAACCCACUCAACAAUACUGUUCUGUUUGAAGGAAAGUAUGGAGGAAUGCAAAUGUUUAAAGCUUUGGGCUCUGAUGAUCUGGUAAAUGAAGCGUUUGACUUUGCAAAGAAUUUAUGUUCCUUACAGUUGACUGAGGAGGAGAUUGCCUUGUUUUCAUCUGCUGUUCUGAUAUCACCAGAUCGAGCCUGGUUAAUAGAGCCAAGGAAGGUCCAGAAGCUUCAGGAAAAGAUUUACUUUGCACUUCAACAUGUGAUCCAGAAGAACCACCUUGAUGAGGAGACACUGACAAAGUUAAUAGCCAAGAUACCAACAAUUACUGCACUUUGCAACUUGCACGGAGAGAAACUACAGGUAUUUAAGCAAUCUCAUCCAGACAUAGUGAACACACUGUUUCCUCCAUUAUACAAGGAGCUUUUCAAUCCAGACUCAACCACUGGCUGCAAGUGAAGGGGAUAAUAGAAUUUUCACGUAGUCAUGGAAUGCAUCACUAUUAAGACAAAAAGAAAUGGUUUCAUGAAGAACGUAUUAAAAAUGUCACUACUGCAACACUAGGAAUGUCCUGCACUUAAUAGAAUUAUUUUUCACCGCUACAGUUUGAAGAAUGUAAAUAUGCAACUCUGAGUGGGGAUGUCAUUUUUCUCUUUUCUUUUUUUUUUUUAACUGACAAUGAUUAUACAAAUAUAGGACACUGUGUGUUACCUUUUUUUAAAUUUACAUUUAUUGGGGGAUGUUUUGGGAGACAGCUGUUCCUAGAAUUUUAUUGUAGAUAUACAUGAGAAUAGAGCAGUACUUUGCAGUAUUACUCUUGCUGUUUAUUGUUCAAAUAUUAUUUAAGAAAAUUCCACUUAUUAGAUUGCCUAGUUCUAUGUUUUUAGAUAGUUUAAUGCAUGUGGAAAUUUGUAACUGUCUUGGAAAUUAUGGUGCAUAUAUGGAAUACACACAUAUAUAUAUUUGCUAUAUACUUAUAUAUAUAUAUGAAUAUAUAGAUAUAUAUAUAUGUAGGUAUUAUAUGCAUACAUGCUGUAGCUUAAAAAUCACAUGCCUACAUUUAAAGGAUGCUCAGCCCAGCUGUAAUGUAUUUCUUAAUCUCCAAGUAAUGUAUUAGAUUUAUUUUGGGCAAUCAAGAUUUGCUUUGCCAGUCAAGAGUUAAAUUAUCAGCUGCCAAUGUGUAAUGACAGGAUCACUUCUGCAAUAUGUAUAAUGUAGUGCAUAUGUACUGUGUGUAAAUCAAACAUCAGGAAUGUAACAAUGGUUCAAAAGCCUUGUCUGGAUGAUUUUAGUGGAGAAAGGAGUAGUUGGGUUUUUUCUAUUUUCUCACUGUUGCAGGGAUAGAGCAUAUAUAAAAGUGAACAUAGGACCUGAUGUUAGUAAAGUGUCUGGACUAAAAAUGUAGACUAUCUCAUAUG